GUCAAAGGCGUAAGGAAGUGAUGCGUGUCUCCUCCUCCAGCGCGACACGCCCAGCUCAGGAAAAAGCGCCUUUUUAACGUCCUGGGAUCGUUUAAGAUAUGUCGUCUUUAAGUGGAAAAUCUGAUAAGGAGAUCGGUCAGCUGCUGGAUGAAUAUGGGAUUAAACAUGGACCCAUAGUAGAUUCCACACGAAAGCUCUAUGAAAAGAAACUGCAUGAAGCCAUGGCCAAAAAACCUAAGUCUUCCUCGCCUGACAAGACAUUCUACCGAGAAGAACAGGAGGAAGUGGAAUAUAUUACCUAUCAUCAGGCUCAGCCACAAAUGACCAGAUUUGAUGGAUUUGGUGAUGUCACGAGGAGGUCAAAGGUCACCGAUGCAGAUUUUGCCCAUGACAUACGGAGGUCAAAGCCGACUGAUUACAGAGAUGAUGACAUACGCUACAGCAAUGACCCAACUCGUACAUCCUAUCAAAGUUCUUCUCGGCUAGGCUCAUCAGUCCCAAAGUCCAUGCAGCAUGGCUCAUCCAGUCCAGAGAGCAGCAAAUCUGGAGGUGUGCCAGGCUGGCUUCGUGUCUUGGUGUUUAUCAUCAUUGCUGUGUUUCUGUAUUAUGUGUACACGUGUAUGGAGCCCGCAGAGGAGACCCCCUUUAAAACCAUACAGUAGAAGGACGGUGAGAUGUUUUAAAUAUGUUCAUCAGCCCCAACCUAAACUGAGUACAAGAUCAACCAAAAAUACAGCCUGGAAUAAGAGCAAAUAAUAUUCCGUAUGAGCACAGAUUUUAAGGUUUAGUAGCAGUUGUCGUACAAACCAUGAACUUGUGUAUAAUGCGUAAAGUUUUAUUCAGAUACUUGCUUUGUGCAUUUUUAUAAUCAAACAGGUACAGACGUGGAAGAAAAUUGUGUAUUUUUAUGAUAAUUGGGCAUUUAAAUGUCUUUAAGCUUAUUUUCCUAUGAAUUGUAUGUAAAAUCCUUUUGCUGUAGCAGUGUAUUUAGAGCUUGUGUUCAUGGGACAUUCUGUAGAGCACCGUUUCAAUUCGCUGUUUUCAGUGUUAAACAUUUUUAAUAAAUUCUAAGGUGCUGAUUUUAAAACUGAAGAGAUUUGAGCAAUAAAGUACACAAGGCUGUCCUAGUUUGUGAAUAAUGGUUAGAGCUCAAGGCCAUUGUUAGGCACAAUGCAACAACCCCUUCAGUCAAGAUUAUGUUCACAAUAUAAAAAGCUUUGAGUGCAUUAUUACUAUGAGGAAUUAAGGAUAUAUAUGGUAAACUUUUUUUAUUAAACCGAUUCAUUCAUUCCUUACUAUCCUUCUGCUGCUUGUCCCUGACAUGUAAACACUACCAAAAUGCCUUUUUUUAAAUUAUAUAUUGUGUUGCCAAAAAGUUUCUGGAAAACCUAAGCCACACAUAGAAUGUAUACCAUUGUUAUUAGAUAAUGACAACUCGGUGCAAACAAAUGUUUAUACUAAAACUUUUCUCAUUUUGCAAAGUAAUUGAACAUACAAAAAAAAAAACAAUGUCCAAACACUUCUUAAAUUUGAAAUUUGUUUGCUUGAAAAACUUGUACUGUCUUGGUUUGAAAUGUUAUCUAAUAAAGUGACAUUUGUGUAAGUUUUUGU